GCUAAAAUCUAUACCCUAUUCACGACCAAAACGGCUGAAAAACCAUACCCUUUGGAUCCGCACAUAGCUAUAUAGCCCAUACAAGGGAGUACCCUCCCCCCGCCCCGCACCUUGGGAGCAUACUUGCACAUGCCAGACUGCGCGAUUAUUUGGUGUGUGUUACAUGAUAGGUUACUUCACCGCUGACACACCUCCAGCCUGUUGCGUAAUCCCAGUAGUGGACGGGCUGGCGUGGAGACCACGAGGGUGAUGCAAGGGUGAAGGAGUAAUAUACGACGACGGGAUAAACGGACGAUUCUAUCUCAUGAACCUCCACAACCAACCAUAUUCUGUCUCUGAACUUUAAGAUAGUAACUACUGAUUUCUGUUGUCGUCCAUUGACAGAGGAAGGGUGAAAGAAUUCUUCAAUCACCGUGUUUUAUUUGGUUUUUGUUAGUUUGGGAAAAAAAAAAUGCCGGCUGUGACGGGUCGCAUCGACGAGGAGAACGUGACUGAAGGCACAGGAAAAUUACACUGCCCUCAUAUGCGAGAGAACACAGACCCCGACACACCACAGAUAGAAGAAAAGAAAGAAAAAGAAAUCAAAGAGCAGGCUACUCAAUUGGACGAGACAGGAACUAAAGAUAAUGUUAUUCAGUCUGGAACAGUUAAUUUGCAUUUUUUGAUUCCUGGGACUAGUGAACCCAUUUCUGCCACAGUAAGUGUAUUGUGUCUCUCUUUGCCUGUGGUUUUUCUGUGUGAGAGGUAUCUUGUCUGUAUUGAUGAUUGGAGAGUUCAUUUAGAGACAUCUGUGUAAUUACUGAACUCAGUGCUAUACCUGACCACAGCAA